AUGGGAAGCCUUCCAAACCAAAAGCCAGAAAAUGGAUUCACAGGCACCACCAUUAAACCUUUAGAUCCUGAGGAAUUCAGAAGGCAAGGCCAUAUGGUCGUAGACUUCCUUGCUGAUUACUACAAAAACGUGGACAAGUAUCCGGUUCGGAGCCAAGUCGAGCCGGGCUAUCUUAGGAAGAGGUUGCCGGAAUCUGCACCGCAUGAACCGGAAGCCAUUGAAGAAAUUUUAAAAGAUGUGCAGAACGAUAUUGUUCCAGGGAUAACGCAUUGGCAGAGUCCAAACUAUUAUGCUUAUUUUCCUUCCAGUGGAAGCAUUGCUGGAUUUCUUGGUGAAAUGCUUAGUACUGGGUUUAAUGUUGUGGGAUUUAACUGGAUGUCAUCGCCCGCUGCAACUGAGUUAGAAAGUAUAGUCAUGGAUUGGCUUGGGAAAAUGCUAAAGCUUCCCAGUUCAUUUCUCUUCUCUGGAGGUGGCGGGGGUGUGCUCCAGGGGACUACCUGUGAAGCUAUUUUGUGCACACUCGUGGCUGCGAGAGAUCAGAUGCUGAACAAGAUUGGCAGAGAUAACAUUGGCAAACUUAUAGUGUACGGAUCUGAUCAAACCCACUCUGCAUUACAGAAGGCAGCUCAAAUUGCCGGUAUCGAGCCAAAUAACUUCCGAGCCGUGCAAACGACAAAGGCUACUGCUUUUGGGCUAACCCCAGAGGCACUCCGAGCAACAAUUGAAUCAGACGUGGAAGCAGGGCUCGUUCCGCUCUUUCUCUGCCCCACCAUUGGAACUACAUCGUCAACUGCUGUUGAUCCACUCGGGCCAUUAUGUGAAGUUGCAAAGGAGUACGGGAUGUGGGUCCAUGUUGACGCUGCUUAUGCCGGAAGUGCCUGCAUAUGCCCGGAGUAUCGCCAUUUUCUGGAUGGUGUUGAAAAUGCAGACUCUUUCAGUUUCAAUGCACACAAAUGGUUCUUGACAACCCUGGAUUGUUGCUGUCUCUGGGUGAAGAACCCCAGCGCCCUCGUUAAAGCCCUUUCAACAUACCCCGAGUACCUGAGGAACAAAGCCACUGAUUCAAACCAGGUUGUGGACUACAAAGACUGGCAAAUAACGCUGAGCAGACGAUUCAGAUCAUUGAAACUAUGGCUGGUUCUCCGGAGCUACGGCGUGGCCAACCUCAGAAAAUUCUUGAGGAGUCACGUCCAAAUGGCCAAGAAUUUCGAGGGCUUGAUCGGCAUGGACAAGAGGUUCGAAGUUGUAGUCCCCAGAAAUUUUGCAACAGUCUGCUUCAGAAUUUCACCUAUUGAAAUUGGAAAGAAUCACAAUGUCUCCAAGGAAGAUGCAACAAAUGAAUUCAACUGCAAAUUACUAGAAUCCAUCAAUGAGACGGGUAAGAUCUACAUGACUCAUGCUGUGAUCGGAGGUGUUUAUGUGAUCCGUUUCUGUGUUGGGACAACCCUUACAGAAAACAGGCAUGUCAAUUUGGCCUGGAAGACAAUUCAGGAACAUGCAAGUGCACUUCUUAGCAUGUCCUGA